CACCACCAGGGAUCCAGCUGAUCGCAAACAGCAUGUGCUUGUUUGUAUUUACCAACACUGCAAUCAACAACGUGAAAGAACAACAGCAGUGUAAAAAUGACAAAUCUACGCAAGGAGCUGGAGAAAUGCAAGCACCCCAACAGCCGGAAAACCAAGGCGCUGGGCAAAAAAGCACGCCGCCAGAACAACAAGCACAAAGUUCGUUUGGGUCAUGCUAUCAAAAGUAACAUUACGGGGGAGAAGUUAAGUUGGUUUCUGGGACAAAUCGAUGAGGAACGCACCGAACCGCUGAGUCCACAGGAGCUGGAGGAUCUGAUUGAGCUCUAUUUCACCCGAUUCGACGAGGAACUGGAACAGAUCAACCUAAAGCAAUCGAUUGGAAAACAUAGAGCUAAUCAGCAUGCCGCCCGCAAGGAUGUGAUCACCAUGACCCUAGAAAAGGAGCGCAACGAGUUCCGAAGUGGCGGCCUGGAGCUGAUGAACCUCUGCGAUCCGCUGAAGCUAAAAAUGCUUCGCGAUUGGGACGGCAGUGCGUUAAGUGUCCAGCACCUGAAACUCGACUUGGUCUCCUACAACAUGCUGCAGCGUCUUAAGGAGCAGCCCCAGAAUAAGGAAACAACCAGCGAGAAAAUGGAGUCGUAAAAUAAAUAUAAAAUAUAAAUAUA